AUGGCUGAGUCAACGGACAAGCCAAGCCUGGAGAACGUCUCGCAUGUUUCAGAUCCAGAAAAAGUUUUGAAUGCCAAUGCAGAGAAGCUUUUGAGGCUCGAGGACCCUGACGCGGGACUCAGUGACGAAGAACGUGCGAAAAUUGAUCGGAAGCUAUUAUGGAAGCUCGAUAUCCGACUUGUUCCCUGGCUCAGUUUACUAUACUUAGCUUCGUUUCUCGAUAGAACAAAUAUCGGCAAUGCCAAAAUUGAUGGUCUGAGCAAAGACUUGGGCAUGUCAGGCCCCCAGUACAAUGCGACUCUAACAAUCUUCUUCGUUUCGUACUCGGUUUUUGAGCCCUUGACGAAUAUUCUGCUCAAGCGCUUGCGCCCGAGCAUCUUCAUUCCAAUCAUCAUGAUUUCCUGGGGCAUCUGCAUGACGCUAAUGGGUCUCGUUCACAAUUAUGCUGGACUAAUGGCUGUACGCUGGUUCUUGGGUCUAAGUGAAGCUGGACUCUUCCCAGGAGUAAGCUAUUUCUUAUCAUGCUGGUACAAGCGCUCCGAGUUUGGUGUUCGCAUGGCAAUCUUUUUCUCCGCAGCCGCAUUAGCCGGCUCUUUUGGUGGGCUGUUGGCAGCCGCUAUUUCCAAGAUGGAUGGCAUUGGAGGCAAAAAAGGGUGGUCUUGGAUCUUCAUCCUUGAGGGAUUGGCUACAGUCGUCAUUGGUGUAGCCUCCUUCUGGUGUGUCUAUGAUUUCCCCGAUCAAGCCAAAUUUCUGUCCGAGCAGGAUCGAGCUCGUGUUAUUCGUCGUCUCGCUCUAGAUCAGCAGUCAAGUGCUGAGCAUGAAGAGUUUAAAAUGUCCUACUUCUGGGCAAGUGUGAAAGACUGGAAGACUUGGCUCGGUGCUAUUAUCUAUAUGGGAGCGGAUGGCUCGCUAUAUGCUUUCUCCCUGUUUGUGCCGACGAUCAUUAGUGAACUAAUCCUCGCAGAAACUGAUUUUUAUGAUAUAGGCUACAGCUCCAUUCGCGCACAGCUCCUGAGUGUGCCCCCUUAUGCCGCCGCCGCUAUCCUGACUAUCAGUAUUGGUUUCAUUGCAGAUCGUACAAGACAGCGAGGACUUUGCAAUAUCGCAACUUCCAUGCUCGGAAUUGUGGGCUUUGCUAUGCUACUGGGAUGCGAGUCGCCCGGCGGUCGGUAUGCAGGAACAUUCCUUGGUGCGAUGGGGAUUUACCCGGGAAUCGCCAAUACGAUCUCAUGGGCAAGUAACAACAUUGAGGGAGUGUACAAGCGUGGUGUUUCUUUGGGAUUCAUUAUUGGCUGGGGAAAUCUUAACGGCAUCGUCUCCUCCAACAUCUACCGUGAUGCGGAUGCUCCACGCUAUUAUCCUGGGCACGGCGUUGUUCUGUCUUAUCUGGUUUUGUUUUUGUUUGGCGGCUCGAUCGUGCAGUAUUUCCUGUUGCGACGAGAGAAUGCUAAACGACGCCGUGGCGACCGAGAUAAAUUGAUCGAAGGCUUGGACCAACGCGAAAUUGAAGAGCUCGGUGAUAAGCGUCCUGAUUUCAUCUACACUCUAUAA